AUGCACUCACAAAUGAAAAAAAACACUUCAUUGGGUGGUGCUCACCAUCGUCAUAAAAACAACGUGGGAUCACUAAUUUCAAAAGGAACAACAACUCAACAUUCUUUAUCAAAACCAGUUAAAGGACGAGGUGUUAUGGAAGAGCUGGAUAAACCAUACAAGCAAAAUGAAAAAUUAUGGACUGCUGUUGCUUUUCAACAAGAAUUUUUGGAUGUAUUGAAUAGCAAUGGGCUAUUGUCGGAGAAGAAAAAAAAGUUCGAGCAAGAUCCUACAAAACGAAAGCCAACGUUAGCUCAAAAGAUGGGCCUUAGGCAACCACCUCCAAAACCAUUAAAUGAUAUGGAGUGGCGAUCAAUUGAAAGAAUGAUCGUUACUAAUAGGAUUUCUCUCAUCGAAGAUGGUUGCCCUAUUUGCAUGGAAUGGUUUAAUUUUCGCGAUUCUGUGUGCGUGACAAAUUGUGGCCACAUGUUUCAUGAAAACUGUCUUAAAGGCUUUGAAAGAUGCAACAGUUGGAGGAAGAGAACUUGCCCAAUGUGUCGAUUAGAUGACUAUCAGCGCAAAAAUACCACUUUACAUUUAAGCUUUCUCAGAAAUUGGAAUGCCCAAACCAUCCAGGCUUUAUUGCGAGGAGCAUUUGCAAGAAAAAAGUUCAGAAAGGUGUAUUUUGAAAAAUUUCCUGAUCGACACCGAGAGUUUGUUUUGUCUAAAUUGUCCUCCCUCAACUCGAGGCUUGAAGAAACUAUUCAACAAGAUGAAAAACAGGUGGACAACUUUUUAAGAAACAUAGAUGAUCAAGUUAAGCAAAGUUUGCUUUUAAUUAACAUGCAUGACGAGGAAUGGAGAAGAGUUGAAACGAAACUGGACAAGGACCAAGAUGAAGAAUGUCCUAUCUGUCUUUGCCAUUUACAUGAACGAAAUUGUGUUAUCACAAGUUGUGGUCACGUUUUUCAUGGCAAGUGUUUGCAAUCAUUUGAGAAAUUCAAUGAAACGUCAACUCAGCCUAAAUGCCCAUUAUGCAGACAAAUAUACGCGAAGAGGGAUUAUCGUUUUGAUAAUCAAACAACUAUCCAGUCAGGACCUUUAAACUGA